AGUCCUUUCUUUCAACAUCCUAACAGUCAACUUAUUUUACUACAAUCAUCUGUCUGUCAAUAAUAUGCUAAUACAUCAGUCAAUCCACUAUACAGUCAAGUCAAUACACCCCUCAGUUCACCAGCACAAACCACAGUUCAGUAUAAUCCACAUCCAACCGAAACAAAUUCACUAGUUCACAUCCAAUCUUUAUACAGCACAAUCUAUUAAUAUCAUCAUGUACACAUAAGCAUAAUUUCAGUCAUUCACAUGUAUACUUUCGGCAAUCCACAUCAAUUCACACAUCAAUGUAUAUAUAUAUGUUUCCAGUCAAAUACAACAUACACUAAACAUUUAGUCUGCAAUCAAACAUAUACAUCUUAAUCAUCAUCCAUACAGUCCAACACAACUCAAAAACUUUAGGUGAGUCCAGUAGAAAACCCCUUACCUUCAAAUUUGUUAAGCUCCUUAACCACGUUGAAGUCUAUGAAGAACGAACCUAAACAUUAAGACAAUUUCUCAAUAAUUCCCUUCAACGCAUCAGUCAUUUAAAUUCAACCCAAUGUGAAUCUUUUUGCAACUUACCCAAAUCUUCGCGAAAGAAAUCGAGCAGUGGCUUUGCGAAGAGAUGACGUGCGACGGAGAGACCGUAUACAGAUGGUCGGAGAGUCGCGCGGCAGUGCAGACAACGGAGGAGAAUGAAUCGACGGCGGCUGGGCUGAAAACAGAGGAGAAAGGAGAGGGGAGACAGCCGGCGGUUACAGGUUCACGCGGCGGCCUUGCUUCGCGAACAGAGAUGGCGGCCGACGGAUGCAGCGACGUCCGGCUGGGUUUGGACGGAACGGAGAGGAAAAGAGAAGAUGGAGAUGGCCGACGGCGGUUGCUGUGCGAACGGAUGGGGCGGCUGGCUGCGGCGGAAAGAAAAUGGAAGUCGCGACGCACGGCGGAAGAAGGAAAUAGGGGUGGCGGUUGCUGGGCUACGACGCAGAUCUGGACCGGGCAGCGGCGGAAGAGCAACGACGCGGUCCUGCUUCGCGAACGGAGAUGGAGACGGCAGAUCGGGCGUUCGGCUUCAGUAGGGGAGACGCGACGGUGAGGUUGGGUCUGGAAGGAGCGGAGAGGAGAAGAAAAGAUGGAGAUGAUCGGCGGCGGUUGCUGCGCGAACGGAGAGAAGAGAGGGAUGGGCGUACGGGAGGAAGAAGAAAAAAAUUUCUUGAUGUUAAUACCCCUCUUGAUGAUGCCUUCAACCUUCAAAUGGAUGCAUCUUCAUUAUUCUAUAAAAUGAAGGGGGAGCUACAAAGGAGAUUCGAGGAUUUAUUAAAAGCAACCACUGAUAAUGAUAUUCCUCGAGGUGGAAACUACUAAUUAAAAUGGAAAAUACAAAAAGUAUAUAGCAAUUGAUCGUUAAUAUCUUUUCAUAUCUUUUGUAUUUGAAAUUGCAGCAUAUUAAUGAAAUAACUUAUGCUACUUUCUUGAGAUGAAA